CGUCACAUGCCAAUUAGCUCUUUUCUUUCUAGGGGUGGCAAAUUAAAUUAGCCAAUCCUUGGAAAAAAGUAACAUUGUACUCCUUCCUUCCACGUUGUUCCUUAGCUUCAUCCAUCCACUAUUCUCACUUUACGCAAACUCCGAACUCCCCCAAUGGAAUGGAGGUCGGUUUCUUUCUUUGAAAGCCCAGCCCAGGGCAGGGCAGGUGCAUCCAACGCGGGAUUGCCCUGCCCUUGCCUUGCCCACUAUAGUAUAAAUAUUUGCCGACAACAAUGGCAUCACCAAGAUCUUCCCUAAACACAAUCCCAAAAAGAGAAGAGAGGCCAACAAAAAAUGGGUUUUCAACUCAGAAACCACAACCGCGAUGUUACUGCUCGUUCCUCAUCCCCUCAUUGGAAGCCCGUUGAUGGCGGCUCCUCCUCGGUGUUUCCGGACCCAAAUCUUCGCGGCGCGUAUAGAGUGCCCGCCAGAGCUCUCAACAUAGUAUGGGGGAAGGACCCGCGUUACUGGCAAUGGAUCCCGCUCUCAGACCACGACAAGAGGGGAAGUGGGUUCAAGGACGAAGUAGCAAUGCUGGUUCAGUUCAGGGUGGGCGCAUUCGGGUGGCACUCUGUUCCGGUGAAGUUCAAGGUCAAGCAGAGCAACGGAGGGGAGGAGAAGGUGAGGAGCGUGGUGGUGGAGCCUUACCGGCAGAAGCAUGGGGUGUGGCAUGAAAUCUCCGGCGGGGAGUUCACGGUGCAGGCGGCUGGUGGGGUGGUGGAGUUUGGGAUGUAUGAGAUUGAAACCGAGUGGUGGAAGGGUUGCAUGGUUCUUGCCGGCGUCAAGAUUCGGCCAAAACCUUAAAAAGACCGUGUGUCUUUCUAUUGUUCAUAGCUCAUGGCAUGAUGAGUUCGGUUGUGGAUUUUGUAAUGUAAUACUUCAUCUCAAGAUGUUGUUAAUUGAUCUUCUAAAAACUCACAUCUCUCUCUAACUUUACCUUUUUAAAAUUUACUCUCCCUUCUCUCUAAAAAGCCUCAUUUUCCAGCCUUCCAUGGCUGCCGCCGGCUACUUCAGGUGACCGGCAGCAACCCAAGUUCUUCUUUUUAUCGCUUUUCUUGCUUGCCUUGUUUUCGAUCUUCUGGCCUUUGCUUCUGGGCUUUUCACCUUCAAGAUUUCAGUCUCUCCAGCCAUUUUGGCUUUCUAGAUCUAGGAUUUUGCGGUUUCAAGGCUUGCUUGUUUGAGGAUCUGGAGGUUGCAACUUGGGAAGCUUGACCUUUGCUUUGUGAUGGUUGUUCUUUCCAGGUUGGUGGUCUCAUCUGCAAGGUGAAGCCAUUCACACCUUCCCCCCUCUAGCUUCCCCAAGGUGGUGUUGUUGCUUGGAUGGUUGUCGGAUCGUGAAGAGGUGAGUCAUCUCCGGUGGCUGCGGUGGAAGUCGGUUCUUUUGUGGUGGUCUGUGGAUCUCUUGGAAGCUUGCUCCCCUUUGAACCGAUCCUCUCUACCUUGGCCCUCUCUGCCUUCACAGCUUGGAGCAAUCUGCUUCACAGCCUCUUCCACCGUCAGGCAAUCUCUUUUGAGAUUCACUAUGAUGGAUGACUUUGUGCACUCCCUAGGAGACGACAAAUGGCUUGCAAGUCCAAUGCCAUGGAUCUCGCUGUGAUCGGACAAGCUGUUCUGAUCUUCUUGCUCUUGGUUUGGUUGGAAGAUAGAGGGAUUAUUAAUGCUCUGCUUUUGUCUCAAGAACUUGGCUGUUUGUUUUGGGUGAUGUCAUUCUGUGCUGUGCUUUCACUGGUUGUAUUUUCUUAGCAUGGUUUGGUAUCAUCCUGGGUUCCAUUGUUUCCUUGAUCUUGUUUUGAAGUCAAGUUUUUAUUUUCUCUCUGUAACCAAUUAUUCAAAGUGCAAUAAAGAUCCCUUUGUAAA